AUGAAUAACACAGAUUUAAAAAUUUUAAUUGAUGAUUUAGUAUUUAAUCAAAAAUUUCUUGAUUAUUAUGAUUUAAAAGCAUAUCUCCAAAAAUAUGAUAACACUAUAACGGGUGAUGAUAUGGAAUAUUAUUAUCCAUAUUAUAAAAAUGAAAUUUUGAAAUAUCAUGAUAAAAUAAUUUCUAAAAUUAAAGACAAAAUUAAAAAUAAUGAAUAUAUAAAGGGAAAAACUAAAUCACAACUUAAACAAUUAAAAGAUUUCAAAAAUAAAGUAUUAACAGAAGAAGAUAUUGAUGAAUUAUAUAAAUUAUAUAAUCCUGGGCCGCAAAACACCCAGGUCCUUCAGACCAUAAAUGAAGCACAAGCUUUAAUUUAUGAUUCAUUAGUUAAACCAUAUUCAGCCCGACUUUUAAAUGAAGAUCAACUUUUGGAAUUCAUCCUUCAACAUAAACUCGAAGCAGGAAAGUAUAUCAAACCUUUAUAUACAGUAUAUUUAAAACAAAUGAAUAGAAUACAUCCAGAAUUAAUGAAAGGAGGAAUGAAAUCCAAAAUCAAAGCAGAUAAAAUUAAACCACUUGCGACACCAAAACCUCCAACAGUAGUACCUCCUCCUCCUUCAGUUAAUCCUUCAUCAUUCACUUUAUUAUAUCCAUUUCAAACAUUUAAGAAGCAAAAAGAUUUUAAAAAGGAUUUCAAGAUAUUAAAUAAACCAAUUGACCCAAAAAUUCAACCAUUAAAGGAAAAAUUUAGUCGCCCCUCAUUUGCACCAUAUCCAUAUUCAUACGAAAUCGAUCAUUUAGAAUAUUCAAAAGGAAACGUUACUUAUUUAUUUGCCAUUAACGUAAACACUAGAUAUUUAUAUUGCAUUCCGGUGAAAGGGAAAACAGAACAGGAAACAAGAAGAGCUAUUCAAUACUUACUAGAUCAUGAAAGAGUAGAUAAUAUCAGGGGUGAUGGUGAUAAAGGAUUUCAGGCAGCUAUGGCUCAUUAUUUUCCACAAAUUAAUUUUUACUUUUCAUCCUCUCCAUAUACGUUUCAUAAUAAAAUAGUUGAUGCGGUAAUGAGAACUCUUAGAGAUGCGUUAGGGGUUAAUGGUCAGAUAUACUGGGAUGGAAAUCAUGACUCCAUCAUACAGCAGUUAGUAUAUUAUUACAAUAAUACAUGGCAUAGAACCAUAAACAUGAAACCAGUGGAAAUGAAAAAUGAUAUUUCAAAAGAAUGGGGAUAUAUUAGAAAGCAAAUGGAAAAGUUGAAUGAUGUUAAACGUGAACAAAUUAAUUCAGGGCUCAUGAAUUUUAAACAAGGGGAUAAAGUUUUGAUUCAUCUCGAUUAUGGAAAAACUGAUAAAUCAAUGACAAAAAGAAGACGAAGAUUUGGCACAAUAGCUGAAUUUGUUAGAUAUAUUAACGGCAAUGCAAUAGUUGAAGUUGACAAUAAAUUAAUAGAAAUUCCGAUUUAUUUUAUUACUCCAUUAUAUUUAAAUAAUAUUUAA